AUGGCUAAAGAAGGACCUAAUUGGGAUGGAUUGCUCAAAUGGAGUAUUGCAAACUCUGAUGGAACUCGCCCAAAUCGCGAGCUAAGUGAGGAGGAUCGGAAAUGGUUUAUGGAAGCGAUGCAAGCACAGACAGUUGACGUUGUAAAACGUAUGAAAGAGAUCACACUUGUAAUGAAGACUCCUGAGCAAGAAUUGGAAAACCAAGGGGUUACCCCUCAAGAUAUUGAAGAUAUGUUGGAUGAGUUGCAAGAUCAUGUUGAAUCGAUUGAUAUGGCCAAUGAUCUCCACUCAAUUGGUGGCCUGGUUCCUCUUCUUGGUUACCUCAAGAACUCUCAUGCCAAUAUUCGAGCCAAAGCUGCUGAUGUUGUGACAACAAUAGUCCAAAAUAAUCCUCGAAGUCAACAACUUGUUAUGGAAGCGAAUGGCUUUGAACCUCUUGUGUCAAAUUUCAGUUCAGAUCCUGAUGUGAAUUCUCGAGCUAAAGCACUGGGUGCACUAUCUUCACUAAUUCGACACAAUAAGCCCGGUGUCACUGCAUUUCGUCUGGCAAAUGGUUAUGCAGCUUUAAGAGAUGCGCUGAACUCUGAAAAUGUUAGAUUCCAAAGGAAGGCUCUCAACUUGAUACAUUAUUUAUUACAAGAAAACAGUUCAGACUGCAACAUUGUGAAGGAGCUAGGAUUUCCUCGCAUAAUGAUGCACCUUGCUGCCACUAGUGAAGACGUGGAUGUCCGCGAGUCUUCUCUCCGAGGCCUUCUCGAACUCGCCCGGGAUGCAAAAGACAGCUCUGAUAGCUCUUCAGAAGAUAAUGAAAAAAUCAAGCAACUUCUUCAAGAACGAAUAAACUGCAUCGGUUUAAUGUCGGUCGAGGACCUUGAAGCAAUCAGGGAGGAAAGGCUACUUGUAGACUCUCUUUGGAGUACAUGCUUUGACGAACCGUCUUCACUCCGAGAGAGAGGUCUUCUUGUGCUUCCAGGAGAAGAUGCACCUCCUCCUGAUGUUGCUAGCAAACACUUUGAGCCUCCUCUUAGAGCCUCUGCUGGAAACCCUAAUUCCAAGAAGGAUUCCAACAAUGAAAAGAAAAAGGCACCUUUGCUUUUAGGGCCAUGA